GCGGCUUUCACAUUGCCACACGUCAUUUUUCACUUUUGACCUAUCACUAGGGCUGUGAUGUAAUUAAUUUGGUCUGCAACUGGACUAUACAUAAGAAUAUUACUCAUUUACAACCUCCUCCAUUUACAACAACCGCUAGUCCGCUACCACCAGUUCACCGCACAAUAUUUUCCCCAUCUCUCUAAUGGAACCUUUUGUUCAGCUCAACCAUUGCCAUGGGCUUCGUUUUCACACCAAUAGCUCUCUCCCGUCUAGUCUUCUAGUUAAGCACCAUCUUGCUACUCUGACGCUUGUAACACUGAUUAAAAUCAUCCCUACUGUUAUUAUCUUGCAAAAAUGGAUUCUAGUCCUUUCACUUUUUUGUCUCUUUUUCUUUUUCAUCUUCAAAGGAUACUUUUUCAAGACCUCUCCAGUUUAUCUCGUAGACUUCUCAUGUUUCAAACCACCCAACUUCUGCAGAGUCCCCUUCUCUGCGUUUCUUGAACAUGCGUCCAUGAUUGAGUCCUUUGAUAGUGAAAGUGUAGCUUUCAUGUCCAAAAUCCUCACUUCUUCUGGACAAAGUGAAGAGACAUAUCUCCCUCCUGCCUUGCAUGACAUUCCUCCAAAAACCAAUCAGAAUGAAUCUAUUAAAGAAGUCCAAAUGGUUCUCUUCCCUAUUGUAGAAGACCUUCUCUCGAAAACUAGAGUCUCCCCUGGAGACAUCGACAUACUUAUAGUAAAUUGCAGUGGUUUUUGUCCCUCACCUUCCUUAUCAUCCAUCAUUAUCAACAAGUACUCCAUGAGAGAUGAUAUUAAAAGUUAUAACCUCUCUGGCAUGGGGUGCAGUGCGGGAGCUAUAUCCGUUGACUUGGCUCAUACCAUCUUGAAAAUUCACAAGAACGCUUACGCCCUUGUUCUCAGCACUGAAGUUCUGUCGACGGGCUGGUAUUCUGGUAACGAAAGGGCGAAGUUGCUCCUGAACUGCCUCUUCAGAAUGGGCAGUGCAGCAAUCUUACUUACAAACAAAAACGAAGCCAAAAAUUCAUCAAAAUACAAGCUUUUUUGCACAGUUAGAACCCAAAGAGCCUUCGAAAACAAUGCUUAUUAUUCUGCAUUUCGCGAAGAAGAUUCCAAUGGAAAACUUGGGGUUACACUCAAGAGGGAUUUACUUCAAGUGGCUGGAGAAGCUCUGAAGCCCAAUAUAACAGUUCUCGGUUCGAAAACCUUGCCUCUUCUUGAAAAACUCAGGCAUGGCAUUUCAAUAAUUGGAAAGAGGUAUAUCGACAAAUCGAGAGAGACAUACGUGCCAAAUUUUAAGACAGUAAUACAGCAUUUUUGCCUGCCAACUUCAGGAAGGCCAGUGAUAAAAGAAAUAGCAAAAGGAUUAAAACUUGGUGACAGAGAAGUGGAGGCUGCUUUGAUGACACUACACAGGUUCGGAAACCAGUCUUCCUCUUCCCUGUGGUAUGAACUAGCCUACCUGGAAGCUAAAGAAAGAGUGAAGAAAGGUGACAAGGUGUGGCAGCUUGGGAUGGGAAGUGGGCCAAAAUGCAACAGUUUGGUUUGGGAGUGUUUACGGCCCAUAAUCGGGGAGUCCGAAAAGGGCCCAUGGGCCGACUCUGUCCAUCGGUAUCCAAUCAUGGCCGUUGAUGUGGUUCGGUAUUUAAACUGAUACUUUUUCUGUUUUGGAGUCUGUCAUUCGCUUAUUGACCAAAAUUUGGCUCCAAUUAAAAGAGGAUUAAAACAUGAAAUCUCUUAAUUUAUUGCGUAGAUCUUAGCUGUAGUUGCAUAAAAAAAUGAAAAAAAAAAUUCUAAAUAUUUAUAUGUAUUUUCAAUUUUAGUUAAAAUUUUUAAUUGGGCAAACAGGACAUGUAUCUUGAACCCCUUUCUCAACAAAUGAUCUACCCAACUUCAUCGUCA